GUCACUCGAAGAGGGACCCAAAAACUUUAGGAAUUCCAAUACAACCUGUAAUAACACUGCGCACCAGUGAGAACCCAACGAGGAAGAUGCUAUAUGGAUUUGGCUUCUGCUCUAUCUCUGAACCCGACCCAGAUCUACCAUUCUGCUCCUCCACUUCACCCCCGCCCCAGGUUUCCACCUUCGCCCGUUUCCCGAUUCGGGUAUGGACCCGUUUCCAAUCCCCCGUCACCAAAACCGAUGGUGCCCUUAUCUUCUACCCGAACUGUCCGCCACAGGAAGAGGUUCGCCCCUGUAAACGCCUUCCGCGGCGGAGAGUCCCCUUUUGAGGUAUUGGGGAUCUCCCCUGCCGCAACUCCGUUCGAGAUCAAGAGAGCUUAUCGGAAGCUCGCUCUUAAAUACCAUCCCGAUGUUAAUAAAGCGCCCAAUGCUAAGGAAAAAUUUAUGAGGAUUAAGCAUGCUUACACUACUCUGCUGAACUCCAAGUCAAGAAAGAAAUAUGAUUCUGGGAGUGGCACAUCCAAUGAUUCUUAUUAUGCAACUCGGGAAAGCCAAAGUGGAACAAUGACAGAGGAAGAAUUCUACGGAUUUGGUAACUUUUUCAGAGAUGUACAAAUUACCUUAGAGGACUUCUUUAAGGAUCUUCAAGAAGAACUCCGAAAUUGGGAAGCAAAUUUAGCUUCACAAGGGAAACCAAAAAGUUUGUGGGAGGAAUUAGAGGAAAUUGGUGAAGAAUUCAUCGAGUUCUUAGAGAAGCAACUGGAUGUAACUGAUGGCGAGCCUGAAGAAGAAGAAGAAGAAGAGCUCAAGGAAAAAGCUCAAAGUAAUGGACCUUCUGAUGGAGAUGGAAUGGGAAAUGGCUCUGAAAAUAAAGGAACAAAUGAAAGUAGUAACAUUGAAGAAAAUAUUGAUGAGAUUGAAGCAACUUUAGCUCAGCUGAAAAAGCAAUUGGGACUGUGACCAAUUUGGUGUAUAAUACUUUGUAUCAUUAUUUCAAGCUCUAGUUCCCAUUGAAAUUUUCCUAGGCUUUUAAGUUUUCCUUCCAUUGUACAACCUCUCCCUCAUAAGAAUUUUGUGUUCUCUUUUACUGAAUAUAAGAGAAAUGUUAAA